GAUUUGAAGUUAGACUUGCAGCUGACAGCUAUAGACAAGAUAGAGGAGGGAGAGAUAGUAGGGGGGGGGAUUGAAGAAAAGGAGACAGCUUUGAGAACCUGUUUUUGCGGCCUUUUAGCGCUCUGAGUGGACUGUAACUGGGAUGAGUGGUCUGGUGAGCUGGACUUUCUGAUAGCUAAGGUUGAGAUGGUCAUGUGAAAAGUAAAAAGAGAGAAAAACCAAAAACCAAAAAAAAAGUAACAAAAGAGAAACUUCACUUCUGCUGCUGCCUCUGUUAUUCUGCGUCAUAUCAAAGUGCUUGAUGGCUGUUACACAGGCUGUGCUCCCUUCUUUUAGCUCCUUCUCCAGCCUCGCUCACACCGGUGACAACAUGAAAGUGUGGAAGUCUGAGAGUGCUCCUCUCCCUCUGGACUCUCUAAGCAGCAAACUGUCACCAAACAGCUCUGAACAGCUGCAGGUCACUCAACAAAUGGCGGAGGAGCUCCUGGACGAUGAGAGCCAGGCAUCCUGGGACAUUGAGUUCCUGCUGUCUGAUUGGAGCAGCCCAUCGCCUGACCUCAACCCCUCUUUGGACCAUACUGAUCAACGGCUCCCUCAGUUAGACCUAAACAGAGCGUACCAAGAGGCGGCCAUGUUUAAGGACCAACCAGUACAAGAGCACCUGCAGAUGAACAAUGGUAGCCUCAUGGCGGAUCUCCUGUCCCCUGUUGUAUCCACAGUGUCGGUCCAGCCAGAGCUGUACCAUCAUGGUUAUACUAAUGACCAAACAGGUCUGAGUUCAUUUCCUGGUCGACCAAAUGUAGAUCAGUUUGGCUUCCCCGAAGGAGACAGUGUGGAGAGGCAAAGCAGAGGAAACCUCAGUACAGUCUCAUCAGGUGACUUUAACACUUACUACCCCCUGCAACACCCCUCCAUAGUGACCUUCCCUGACAGCAGGUUCAUACCACCUCAAGCUGUGACCCCUGACCCUCGACACUACAGCUAUAUGCCACACUUUAACCCCAACGGCAACCUUUUCUGUGACUAUGGCCACAGCCAGGCCACUGGUCAUCAUCUGCCCCUUCACCGGCAGCCCCUCCUUGUUGGACCACAGCUGCCCCCUGGUGGGUUGGAGGGGAAGCGUGGGCGAAGGCCUGCCGGGAAAAAGAGGCCCGCUGUCCACAGCUGUGAAUACCCUGGAUGCAGCAAGACCUACACCAAGAGCUCACACCUCAAAGCUCACCUGCGCACCCACACAGGGGAAAAGCCUUACCACUGUCCUUGGGAUGGCUGCAACUGGAAAUUUGCCCGCUCAGAUGAGCUGACACGUCACUACCGCAAGCACACGGGCCAAAAACCCUACGAAUGUCUGCUGUGUCAGAGGGCCUUCUCCCGCUCAGACCACCUGGCUCUGCACAUGAAGAGACACACUUGAUGCUCUCUCUCUCUCUCUUACACACACACACACACACACCACAGAUACAUAUACACACACAAAACCACUGCUACUUAAACAAAGAAAAUAAAAAUACAUUAAAAUAUAGGACACAAUAUGGUGAUUUGAAUUGACUCUCAAUAUGACCUAAUAUGACCUUAGUACACUGAGAAGAUGAAUUUGGGACCUCAGAUAUUAACUGAACAGUAUUAACUUGUAACUGUACUUGGUUAUCUGGCUGGUUAACAAUUGUUAGUCUAAAACAUUUGUUUUAUCUGCUUGUCUGUUUCGAAAGAUAAAUGGGAUAACCUGAGCCCAAAAGAACAAAUUUUGUCCUUAUUCAUCCAACUAAUGAAUUGACGACCAGCCAAAAUGUCAAAAUCAAACCGGUCCUUUUAAAGUACAGUCAUGUAAUGUAAACUAAUGUAAAAUUAGCACGCUUUCAGCAAUAAGAGCCACUUGGACAAACACUGUACACACUGUGGGCAUGUAGGCAGCAAAUAUUAACACUAACAAGACCUACCAUUAAUGUGUGUAAUAUGGGUUAGAACACAAACAGUGUAUCCUGUUGGUCAAAGUCGUGACUGCAUAGUAACAACGCUUAGCUGUAUUACUGCCAAGAUUAUCUGAUAUCUUUGUCUGAUUUCCAAUAGAACAUUAGUUAAGUGUAAUAUAGUGUAAUAUUAAUUGUAAUACAAACAAGCCAUAAAGUACAUGCUAAACUUUUUGAUUAAAUGCAAGCUUAUGUAUAUUUGUCACUUAAGUUUAUGUUUGUCUGUUUGGGUCUGUUUGGCUUUUGUUUUUUCUAGUCGAGCAGAAUUUCAAACUGUAAAUAAUCUGCAGCUUUCGCUGUUGUUUAUAAUCAUCUGAAAAUGAGCAACAUAUUUAUUAACAUAAUCUUUUAUAUCAGCAGAAGAUAUUAUAUUAAUGUACAAUGUUUUUUUUAUUCUCAAAAGAGUGCUUUAAAGUCUUUUAAUUAUUGUUUUUAUCUUCAUAAUUCUAAUAAAGAAGUAAUGCUGUAAAAGUGUCUUGGAAAAAUAACAUGAAUUCC